ACUCGUAGUAUAGUUUUUUAGUAAGCGAGGUUAAUAUUGAAAAUUAUUAAAACCAACAAUUAUGAAAUCUUCGGUGAUAUUUUUUUGCUACGUAAUGUUUUUUUGUGUCUCGCGAGCCAAAGUCUUCGAUCGAUGUGAGAUAGUAAAUAAGAUGUUCUCGCAUGGUGUUCCUUACUCGAAAAUACCUACUUUUGUUUGUCUUAUAAAUUGGGAAUCGGGAUUUGAUUCAGGAAAGCUGGAUUAUAAGACUGGGAAGCAUGGACUGUUUCAGAUUAAUGAGAAAGUUUGGUGUUCGCCGUACAGUACCCCAGGGAGAGAAUGUAACGCCACAUGCAGUGAUUUCAGAGACGAUCAUAUUACGGAUGACAUAAAUUGUGCUUUAAAGAUAUUUUCAGACACACUUGAUCUUUCCGGGAUAGGCUACGAUGCCUGGUCAUCAUACUGGGAUCAUUGUGCAGCAGAUGAUAAUAUGGACUAUGUCAAAGGAUGUAAAACUAAUUAAAAAAAUAUAAGACUGAAAUUUUAACCAGUAUGUUCCUUGUUAAGUAUGUAGUGUGUUAUAAACUAGAGUUUUAACAUUGUUUAAAAUGUUAUAAUUAUAACAACUGCCAAAAAAUUUCAUAAAUUAUUAUAAAAUAGUCUGAUUAUGUAUUAUUUUAUUUAUAUUUAAUAUCAAUAAAAUUAUU